AUGGCCGACGAUCCCCAGCCGGGCAGUCCCAAGUCGGACCCGAUCGACGCAAAGGAGGACGCCGAGACCGCCGCUGCCCGCAAAGAACUGAAGCACACGGCCAUCUCAGAGAAGGCGGAAGGAGCCACCGCCGACACGACGCCUUCGGGAUCGCAGAACGAGGAUCACAAGGACCACGUCUCGUCGCCCAAGAAGAAGCGGGCGCACGACCAGCUGGACGAGGACAAGGACGCCGACGAGGCUGACGUCAAGAGCGUCGCCUCGAGCGACUCGGCCAAGGACAGGGCUUCGCGGCUGGAGCCAGAGAAGAAGAGGCAUAGGGACGAAGUUGCCGGCUCUGGUGACGCUGCGGCCGAUUCCUCGGCGCCACCGACUACCGAUACAAAGACGUCAGAGAGUGCCGCAACAGAAGCAGCUACAUCACAGGAUUCUACAAAGGAUGAGAAGAAGGGCACAUCGAGUUCUGCGUUUGCCAAUUCUGGCUUCGCUAAAUUGGCGGCAUCGAGUGCGUCCCCCUUUGGUUCGCUGGGAAGUGCGACCAAGGGAAGCGUCUUUGGCAGCGGAGCCAAGGCUGGCGCAUCGCCUUUUGGCGGUCUAUCUCCAUCCAAGCCUGAUGCCGCCGCCCCGGCGGCUCCUAUCCCCACCCUCAGCUUUGGCGGUGCCGGCUCGGCUUCGUCGCCUUUCGCCAGCGUUAAGCCCGCUGGCGCAAAUGGCGGUUUCGGCUCAGUGUUUGGCAGUGCCUUUGGCGGCGGUCUAGGCGGCAAACCACUUUCGAGCUUCGCCAAGACGGGGGAGUCUUCUUUCAAGACUGAAAAGGCUGCCAAGCCGUUCGGAGCUCCCGACAGCGACGCGGAAGACGACAACGAUGACGAGACUGAAGGCGAUGCGGAUGGAGCCUCAGAGUCUGGCGACAAGGACGAAAAGGAAGAGUCUGACAAGGAAGAGACCAAGGCUGGGGACGAUAAGAAACGUACCAAGCUGCAGAAGAUUACUGUCGACGAUGGCGAGGCCGGAGAGGCUACUAUAGUCCAGGUCAGAGCUAAGAUAUUCUACCUGGAAAAGGAGGUUGGUUGGAAGGAGCGCGGAUCCGGUAUGCUCAAGAUCAACGUUCCCGAGGCAUGUGUCCAGUUUGACGAAGGUGGUCUGCCGAUACCUGGCUCCUUUGAUGCAUCGGCCCUGGAAGACUUGGAAGACCCCGAGGCUGGCGAAAGCAGAGGCAGCAAGGUGCCCCGUCUCAUUAUGAGGCAGGAUCAGACUCACAGAAUACUACUGAACACGGUCAUCCUACCGGCGAUGCAGUUCCAGGAAAAGGCGACGUUGAAGAGCGUCGGUGUCAUGUUCACGGCCUUUGAAGGCGCGGAGGCUAAGCCAGUGAGCGUUCAUGUGAGGCUGAGCGCCGCUAGUGCAAAGUCAUUCCUGAACGAGGUUGGAAUGGUGCAGAGAGAGCUCUUGAGCAACUGA